AUGCUCGGCGGUCAAUAUUUCCGGGCGAUUAAAGAAAUGCAUGAGCAAUAUGGGCCCAUUGUGAGGAUCAACCCAAAUGAGGUGCACUGUAAUGACCCUGACUUCCUGGAGGUUCUGAACCCCCUGGGAGGAAGGAGGACAAACAAACCGAUAUCUACCGGAAAACGAACAGGAACGCCUGACUCCAUGGUGACCACCGUGGAUCACGAUAUUCACCGCCGUCGCCGCAACGCCGUCAGUGCCUUCUUCUCGAACAAAAGCAUCCGUAGUAUGGAGCCCGUCUUGCAAAAGUACCUUGCGCAGUUUUGCAGGCGCUUGAGUGAGCAGAGACCUGACAAACCGGUCGAGUUGCACAACAUGUUUCGAGCCCUUACCAACGAUUUCAUAACAACAUACGCUUUCGGACAGUCGGUUGGCCUAUUGAACGAGGUUGAUUUUGGACGUUCUUACUACGAGUCAAGCGAUGUCUUUUUCCCCGAUUUCGUGUACAGCCUGCCACUUUGGGUGGCUCCGAAGAUAUUCCCCUCACUCGCGGAACUGGCCAAAAAGCAACAACAGUGGAUGGAUAUGGUAUUUGAGAUAAGAGAUUCUCCUAAUAUGUCCAAGGCCAAAGGAACCAUAUUUGAAGGUAUCCUUAAUUGCGGGCUGCCUGACGAAGACCUGGCCGGUAAACGUCUACUGGCCGAAGCCCAACUCAUUGUUUUCGCAGGGGAGGGCACAACAGCAUAUACACUCAACGCAGCGACUUACGAACUUCUCGCCCACCCCGAAGUGCUCCAGGAGCUUCAAAAAGAAUUGUCUGAAGCUAUCCCUGAUGCAAAUAAGGUUCCAUCAUUUUCGCAGGUUGAGACGCUCCCAUUUCUCAGCGCUGUGAUCCAAGAGACAGUGCGGCUGCACCCAGGUGUCAUGGCUCGCCAGGCGCGUAUUUCACCUGACGUGCCCGUCACGUAUAAAACCAAGAGCGGCUGGGAUUAUAUAAUUCCUCCUGGAACAGUCAUGAGCAUGUCCCCGUACACGACACAUUUGAAAGAGGACCUGUUCCCGGAUCCAUACGAAUUCCGACCAAGGAGGUGGAUAGAUGAGCCCAGGCUCGACAAAGGCUUUCACGGAUUCGCUCGGGGUUCAAGAAAUUGUGUAGGGUAA